UGGUGGGGAUAGCAGGGACCCCGCCCGAUAGUCGGCUAUAAAAUGCCGCUACAGGAAUCGGGCCCAACCAGUCUUAAUCGAAACAAGAAGCUCCAUUUUUCUUUCCCUCCCGCGCCUAAAGAGGCCCCAGUGAAUCUACCUGUCGCGAAUCUCGAGAUCAUGAAGCUCGCCAUCAGGUUCGCCUUGCUGUGCGCCGCGGUCGCUUUCGUCGCCGCCGAGGGGACCGAGGAGCAGGAACGACCGAAAACCUUCCGAAGGCUGAUACCUGCCGAUGUUCUUCGUGACUUCCCCGGCAUGUGCUUCGCGUCGACCAAGUGCGCGACCAUCGAGCCGACGAAGACGUGGGAGCUGUCGCCGUUCUGUGGCCGCUCUACCUGCGUGCCCGCCGACGACAAUUCCGGCCGUCUGUUUGAGCUAGUGGAGGACUGCGGCCCGUUGCCCAAGGCCAACCCCAAGUGCAAGCUCUCCGAGAAGACCAACAAAACGGCGAGUUUCCCCGAUUGUUGUCCGAUCUUCGAGUGCGAGGACGGCGUUAAACUCGAAUACCCGGAUAUCCCGACUCUGCCACCGCCGACCGGAGCGGAAGCCGAAAAUGUGCAGCCGGAAGCUGCACCGAAAGCCUAAGUCGGUAGCGCCGAAAAAAAGCUACGCUGGAGAGAAAGAUUGCGGUGUAGCCUCCUCGAUGAGAUUAAUCGGACCCAGAUUCAUCUUAACGUCAAAAAAUACUGCCCGAUCUGUCAACGCGUGAAACUACGAAUCGUGCGUCGAUAUAUUCAAGAAUUUUAUUUUUCGAGAGUGACACUCUUAAUAGAAAGAUUCUUUUCAUAAUAGCACAACAUUGAGAUAUAAUCGCAUAUACAUAUACAAAUACAUGAGAUGUAUUAAAAUGAAUUCUAGAUUGUUUUGAUUGUUUUGACAAUCGGCUUGUUGUCAGAUUUUUUUCGAAAAAAAAUGUAAAUUGUCACAUAAAUAGCAAUCGAAUAAGGUCGCUUAGAUACGAUCACAGAGAUUCUUUCAUAUGUCGGCUAUUUGUAGUUAUUAAUUGCAUAAUGAUUCAUCAAUUGUUCUAGAACAUCUAGAACAUUUAUCGUCGAUGCGACGAGGCCAUACCGUGAUACCGCUCACCGUCCAACGUGAUCCAAUUCCAUACACAUGAUCCAGAUUAAGCUAAUUAUAUACAAAUUUCAAAUCGCGCCUUUGCAAAUCACGAGCACGAUAAAAUAAUUUAAGACGCACUCAUUUUCUUCAAUUUCGUUCUCGUAAUCUUAUUUUUAAGCCUUUAACUUGUCAAAAUAUGCGCUCGCUAAUUUUUCCCAAAUUCUAUAAUUGCUCAAUCCUUGACACAACAUAAUUUAAUAAAAAAAAUAAUUCCGAGAAAUGUAUAUCAGAAUAAUAAUUUACACUCUGAAAAUUACCAGAAAAAAAUAAUAGAUAAAGUAUAAAAAAUAUAUCAUAUAGAAAGCUAAAGAUAUUAUAAGAUUAAUGAAUAAUAAAUUUAAAAUUCAUUUUAAAAAUUCGGCGCAAAUUUAGCUUUUCAACCAAACUCGCCGAAAGAGAUGCUAUCUUUUGUAUUAUACUAUUUCGAACCAAUUGCAAGAGCGAUCGAAAAGUUUAGAUAUUUUCUUAACGCCUUCUAAUGAUAUUUAAUGGCGCACCUCUCUAGUUAAAUCGACUUAAACCUUCUUUGACCUUCUACGACAAAUUUUUAUAGCAGAAUCUGGCAUAUGUAUCGCAAAUAUGUGUGAUUGUAAUUAUAUGUGAUUAAAUUAACUUACUUAUUUAAUUGAA